UUUCUUACCUAACCCACAUUCCCAGAAACUGAUGUGAAUAAAGACAAGUGUUGGACCUGAAUGUGUCAAAGUCAAACUACAACUAGGAUCUGCCUUCUGAGGUAUGGCAAGAAACGAAUUGGUUAAUGUUUGCAAAAUGCCAGGACAUUCUUGAAUAAAAGGCCCUAUAUAAGUUCACAGUAUUUAUAAUUAUUAUGAUUAUUAUUAUAAUUUAUAAGAUGUCAUAAAUCUCUCCAAAAUAGGAUGAGAUCAACACUUAAAAAGAGAACAGGACUCUAUAUAAAUCGCUGUGGGCUCACCACCUCUAAGGAGGAGCACUGACUGAAGACGGAAAAAUUGAUGAACUGAAGAAGACAUGGUCCAUUAUGCCUUACAAACUUACACAGUGCUUUGGGAAUUCCCAAGUACUCAGUGGAGAGAGGUGUUUCAGGAGCCAUAGAGCCAGAUCGUCAUCAUGUCUGCAUUGUGGCUGCUGCUGGGCCUCCUUGCCCUGAUGGACUUGUCUGAAAGCAGCAACUGGGGAUGCUAUGGAAACAUCCAAACCCUGGACACCCCUGGAGCAUCUUGUGGGAUUGGAAGACGUCACGGCCUGAACUACUGUGGAGUUCGUGCUUCUGAAAGGCUGGCUGAAAUAGACAUGCCAUACCUCCUGAAAUAUCAACCCACGAUGCAAACCAUUGGCCAAAAGUACUGCGUGGAUCCUGCCGUGAUCGCUGGUGUCUUGUCCAGGAAGUCUCCCGGUGACAAAAUUCUGGUCAACGUGGGCGAUAGGACUAGCAUGGUGCAGGACCCUGACUCUCAUGCUCCCAUAUCCUGGAUUAGUGAGUCUCAGGUUUCCCAGACGACUGAAGUUCUGACUACUAGAAUCAAAGAAAUCCAGCGGAGGUUUCCAACCUGGACCCCUGACCAGUACCUGAGAGGUGGACUCUGCGCCUACAGUAGGGGUGCUGGCUAUGUCCGAAGCAGUCAGGACCUGAGCUGUGACUUCUGCAAUGAUGUCCUUGCACGAGCCAAGUACCUCAAGAGACACGGCUUCUAACACCUCAGAUGAAACCCAAGACCAUGAUCACAUAUGCAGUCUCAAAUGUUACACAGAUAAAACCAGCUAAGGGGGCCUGUAACUGGGAAUCUGUGUUUGACCUAAAAGUCAUUAACAUGAAUCACAUUAAAGGAAGAAUUUUGACCUGCA